CUGCAAUACCGGGGCGAUUUUAUUUAUUUAUUUUAAAACGAAAGGAACGUCAAUACGAGUUUAGAUUGUUAAUCUGGGGUUUACGAGCAGCACUUGAAGGAGGCAUGAUGCUGCGCGCGUAAUGGAUUUCCCCAGCACUGCUGCUUAUCGGGGACCAGGAGCUGCAGCUGCAGCAGCCCAACCACAUUAAGAUCUGCUCCCCCACUUGAUGCCGGUGACCUUGGCUAACGGUGAUUCCGCCACUCAGUCUUGCAUUUUGCGUCUCUAUUCACCAUGGCAUCCUCGGACGGGCUGGAGGAGGAUUGCGUGUUGCAGCGGGGAAGAUCUCAGAGUGACCCGAGCAGCAUCACCGAGGUCCGCUUGGGGGAAGCGCACAGAGCAGAUGUGAUGGACCAGCAGAGGGCGCUACAUUCAGGUUGCCUGGUCUCAGGGGUUCGUACGCCUCCCGUCCGCCGCAACAGCAAGCUGGCCAGCCUGGGACGCAUCUUCAAGCCAUGGAAAUGGAGGAAAAAGAAAAAUGAGAAGCUGAAGCCCUCGGCAGCGGGGGAGAAGAAGGCAGCUGUACGACAGAAGAGAGAUGACCUCGUCAAGAGGAACCCCGGGGAGACGGAGACAGAGUCAGAUCUAGCUUGUGGUGGUAAUGGUGAAGAUCCAGACACACCCACUCACUCUGAUGGGGAGGACAGAGACGAGGAGCCCGUGGCACCUCUGGCCAGCACCAAUGAAGACCUGGGCAGUGAUUUAGAAGCCUCAACAGUGCAAGAAUUGACUGAAGAUUCAAAGACGGUGGGAGAUCCCAAUCAGAGUGAAGAUGGAGAAGAUGAAAGCACCUCACUGAGCGACCCCAGUGACGAGCAGCCAAAGGGGAAGGUGGAGGCUGAUGAAGGCAAACAGGAGGCCACAUCGGCCCAGCCUGGACGAGCCAGCACCUCUCCUCCACCUAACCUGCCAGUCAAACUGCUCACCAGACUGGGCAGCCUAGACUGUGCUCCUUCAGUGCCAGUAAAGAAGUCCCCAGCCACCUUACCCAGGAACUUCACUCUUCCCAAAGACCCUCAUGGCUCCUUGUUGAGAGGCAGGAUCUCCACCCCGACUGGAUCCCCCCACCUUGGGGCGCUACACUCACAGCUGCCUCCUAGCUGCAUCAUUGAGGAACUGCACCGUGCCCUGGCCACCAAACAUAGACAGGACAGUUUCCAGACGAAGGAGGCGCGCUCCUCUCUGAAACGCCGGCUGGAUGGUCGUCUGUCCCGCACAUCCAGCACAGAGAGGGAGCCUGCCGGGGAAUCAGAGAGCAAGAAGGAGUCCGAUGAGAACAAAGAGAACUGGCGUCUGGACGAAUACUUGAGUGACCAGGACAGCUGGAACGAGUCUGUCAUCUCUGGGACCCUCCCGCGCAGAAUGAGGAAGGAGCUGCUGGCUGUGAAGCUUCGGAACCGACCCAGUAAGCAGGAGCUGGAGGAUCGCAACAUCUUCCCCGUCCGCAGCGACCAGGAGCGGCAGGAAAUCCGCCAGCAGAUAGAGAUGAAGCUGGCCAAGAGACUGAGCCAGAGGCCGGCCGUGGAGGAGCUGGAGAGCCGGAACAUACUGAAGCAAAGAAAUGAUCAGACAGAGCAGGAGGAGAGGAGGGAAAUCAAACAGCGGCUGAACAGAAAGCUGAACCAGAGGCCGACGGUGGACGAGCUGCGGGACAGAAAGAUCCUCAUUCGUUUCAGUGACUAUGUGGAAGUGGCCAAAGCUCAGGACUACGACAGGCGGGCUGACAAGCCCUGGACCAGACUGUCAGCUGCUGACAAGGCAGCGAUACGAAAGGAGCUGAACGAGUUCAAAAGCAACGAGAUGGAAGUUCAUUCUUCGAGCAAGCACCUGACGAGGUUCCACCGGCCAUAGCAAGGUUUCUUCUGUGAAGAGUUGCUGAUAUCUGGUUCUGUCAGUGAAGACCUUGCACGGAGUCUUCCAGCGCCCUGGCCCACAGUUAGUGGGCGUCCUGGUAUUUGGGUCCAGCGAACCUUUGGAGGCUAUGUCUCUAGAAAUGGAGCUGCCGGUAGACGGGGACGCAUGCAGCGAGCUCCACUUCUGCUCAGAGGAACAUCUCUUUAACCCUCACUUCACCUUGUCAGAGGAGCGGGAGGAAUCAAGGUCAUGUAUUCGCCAUAGACAAGCAGAGACUUUUUUUUGUAAACAGACUCUUUUGAAAGACGUCCUUUUUGAUGCCACAGGGGGGAAAUGUGCAUGUGACCGAGUCGACCAGUCCCACUCCAGUAUCAGUAGUCACAUCCCCGAGCUGUGUCUGAGUCUCACUGAUUCAGUUGAUGCGUUUCAUAUCAACAGUGUAAACAGAAUCCUUGUCUGUGUAAAAGACAAAUUUCCCUUUGUAAGCACUAUUUAUUGUCUGCACAAUACAGGUUUUCAAUUUCUAACAAACUUUGUCUGUCUUGUGUACAACAGAAUGCAGGCGCUUUUUUUCAGAACAUAUUUUAAAGGAAUAUUUCACCCACAAAAUGACCAUUUAUGUACGAGUUAGUCACACUGUGUUACCUUGAAUUUGUGAAGAAAACUUUUUUUUUUUUCCAGCAUGCUUUCAUGAAAAACAGCAAACAUAUCGAUGUAUUGAUUGAUUGGGAACUAUGCUUACAAAACUGUAUCAAAACGUCAAAUUACAAACUCUCACACAACUGGUGCAGGAUAAUACAAGUCUCAUUUAUCCAGUGCAGAGUGCUUCCCAAACACAUGCAUUUUUGUUAAAACCUAUGUAUUGGAGCAGGGCUUUCAGGGGAGCAUAGAUAAGUUUCACUUUCAUUUCACUGGACAUUUUCAGGGUGAAAUAUUUCUUCAGUAUCACGACAAAACAUAAGUGUGAUUUAAUAAUGUGGUUUGGAAGUGACAGUUACGGCCUGUGUCCACCAAAGUGUUUUUUCAUGAGGGCAUUUUUAAAUUCUUUGCUGUAAGAGUGUCACAUAUUCACACUAUUUUAAAAACACCAGCAGCAUGACGAGGUGCUGAGUGCACCAAACGGGGCCUGAGGGUGAUAAUUGCUGACUACACAUCAUAAAUGGGUUGUAAUCCCUUCAGAUUAACCAAACAGAUUAUCUAAGCAUUUUAGUGCUUUGUAAGCAGAUAACAAAAGUGUCAUGAAGUGUACCUUGUUGCAUCAGAGUUGGGCAGGGAGAUAAGGAGAAAAUCAAAUAUCACAAUAUCUUUGACCAGUGUAGGGUUGACUAUUGGUGCUUUAACAACAUAUUUACACAGUGAGGAUUUUAGUGAGAUAGUAAUGUGGAUACGUUGACCAAGUGGGUAAAGACAAAGCUAGAACAGUCUGAUAAGCUCAGAAAAUUACAUCAC